CAGGCAGAAAGAAGCAGGGAGUGGUAAGUCCUCAGUGCACGUGCAGGAAGCAGGUAGCUACCUGGAGUUAUUCUAUUCAAAUCCAAGGCUCAAAGUUCCCAAGUUUCCCAAGAAGGCAGUGAUAGAAGCCACAACCCAGGGUUUAUCUCUCAAGCUACCAAAAAUUCUUCAGCCCAGUAGGAGUCAGCUACAUACACAUCACAAGACUUGGAGGAAACCCACUCACCCUCCUAUUUUCUUCUACAAAGUUGAAAAAGCUGCAAUUGGGGGAACCCUCAGAUAGCUCUGGUGGUUCAUUCUGUUCCUCUUGGAGUUGACAUUUGGAUGUGUUGGAGGAAAAAAAAUCAUCAUAUAUUCUUUCCUACUCUUUAAAUCACAGGAAGAAGCAACUUAAGAAAAAGACUGAACCAAAAUGACAACUGGUCAAUUCGAUUGUCAAUACUGCGCAGCAUCACUUCUUGGGAAGAAGUACAUACUGAAGAAUGACAAUCCAUACUGUGUUUCCUGUUACGAUCGUAUUUUUUCUAACUAUUGUGAGGAAUGCAAAGAACCAAUUGAAUCAGAUUCCAAGGAUCUUUGUUACAAAGGCCGACACUGGCAUGAACAAUGCUUCAGUUGCGCCAAAUGCAAUCACUCUCUGGUGGAAAAGCCUUUUGCUGCCAAGGAUGAGCGACUGCUGUGCUCAGAAUGUUAUUCUAACGAGUGCUCCUCCAAGUGCUUCCACUGCAAGAAGACCAUCAUGCCUGGUUCCCGCAAAAUGGAAUUUAAGGGAAACUACUGGCAUGAAACCUGCUUUGUGUGUGAGCAUUGCCGACAGCCAAUAGGAACUAAACCUUUGAUUUCCAAAGAGAGUGGCAAUUACUGUGUACCGUGUUUUGAGAAGGAGUUUGCUCACUACUGCAGCUUUUGUAAGAAGGUGGUGACUUCAGGUGGGAUAACAUUUCGUGACCAGCCAUGGCAUAAAGAGUGUUUUCUAUGCAGUGGCUGUAGGAAAGAGCUCUGUGAAGAGGAGUUUAUGUCCAGAGAUGAUUAUCCAUUCUGUGUGGACUGCUACAACCAUCUUUAUGCCAAAAGGUGUGAAGCCUGCACCAAACCCAUUACUGGUCUCAAAGGUGCCAAGUUUAUCUGCUUUCAAGACCGGCAAUGGCACAGCGAAUGCUUCAACUGUGGGAAGUGCUCAGUCUCCUUGGUGGGGGAAGGCUUCCUGACCCAGAACAAGGAAAUCUUUUGCCGCAAGUGUGGUUCUGGAAUGGACACUGACAUCUAGAGGGAGAUAGUCUGUCCUCACCUGAAAUCCACCUUGCUUUUGUUCUCACUAAAUCCAGAACUUGCUUGAA